CAGGAGAGAAUCCAGGAGAACCGAGAGCAUUCGAGGAGGUUCCCCUGCUCCCUUCCUCCUCUGAGACAGCCAGGUCGUGGUCCGGACUCUCCCCCGCUAGGGAAAUAGUUUUGCCGCCGCUCCUCCCGAUGGUUUCCCCCGGCGGCCGGAACCAUCUGCACUCCCGCGUGGGGAGUGAGCGGCCUCCGACGCGCCUGCGGCCACGGGGUUGGGCCUCGUGGUUAGUGGAGCGGCGCGUCCCGGCCGUCCUCCUGGGGACUCGGCGCCGCUGGCCUCGCGGCCGGCCGGGCCUUCGCUGCCCGCCUUCGCUCCCCCGCGGCUUGCCGCGGAUGGUUCCGUCCUGCGGGGUCACGCGCCUUGGUUCUGUGCUGGGCGGCGUAGCGGUGAGCUGAGGGAGAGGGGCCGCAGCGACGACCCGGGAGCCGGUGACCCUGGAUCCGGGCAGCCCCGCGUCCGCAGAGCCCACGUGGCAGGCGGGCUGCAGAGCUGGUAAACAUCAGAUCUUUGAGUGUGAUUGCAGUUGCCAUACUCUUGGUAUCCAAUGGGAUUUUGCAUGUUCUGGUCCAGGUGGAAUGGUGGAGGUGUGAUCUGUUAAGCAUAAGGCCUCUUGUCUGCAAGCACCAUGAAUGCCAUCGUUGCCCUCUGUCACUUCUGUGAGCUCCAUGGUCCCCGCACUCUCUUCUGCACAGAAGUUCUGCAUGCUCCUCUGCCCCAGGGUGCUGGAAAUGGGGAUAGUCCUGGCCAGGGUGAGCAGGCUGAGGAGGAAGAGGGUGGCAUCCAGAUGAGCAGCCGGGUCCGUGCCCACAGUCCAGCUGAGGGCGCCAGUGCUGAGUCCAGCAGCCCGGGGCCCAAGAAAUCGGACAUGUGUGAGGGCUGCCGAUCACUUGCUGCAGGGCACCCAGGCUAUAUUAGCUAUGAUAAAGAGACCUCGAUUAAGUACGUCAGUCACCAGCACCCCAACCAUCCUCAGCUCUUCAGCAUUGUCCGCCAAGCCUGUGUCCGGAGCCUGAGCUGUGAGGUGUGUCCUGGUCGUGAAGGCCCUAUCUUCUUUGGGGAUGAGCAGCAUGGCUUUGUAUUCAGCCACACCUUCUUUAUCAAAGACAGCCUGGCCAGGGGCUUCCAGCGCUGGUAUAGCAUCAUCGCCAUCAUGAUGGACCGCAUCUACCUCAUCAACUCCUGGCCCUUCCUACUGGGAAAGAUCCGUGGGAUCAUUGAUGAGCUCCAGGGCAAGGCCCUCAAGGUGUUUGAGGCAGAGCAGUUUGGAUGUCCACAGCGUGCCCAGAGGAUGAACACAGCCUUCACACCCUUCCUGCACCAGAGGAAUGGCAAUGCUGCCCGCUCUCUUACCUCCUUGACCAGUGAUGACAACUUAUGGGCAUGUCUGCACACCUCUUUUGCCUGGCUCCUAAAGGCAUGUGGUAGCCGGCUGACAGAGAAGCUCUUGGAGGGUGCCCCCACUGAGGACACCCUGGUCCAGAUGGAGAAGCUUGCUGACUUAGAGGAAGAAUCUGAAAGCUGGGACAACUCUGAGGCUGAGGAGGAAGAGAAAAACCCUGUGUUGCCAGAGGGUGCAGAAGGGCGGGAGCUAACCAAAUGCCCAACAGACUCAUCCUUUCUCUCAGACUGUGGAAGCUGGCAGCCCCGAAAGCUUUCGGUCUUCAAGUCCCUUCGGCACAUGAGGCAGGUCCUGGGUGCUACAUCUUUUCGCAUGUUGGCCUGGCAUGUCCUCAUGGGAAACCAGGUGAUCUGGAAAAGCAGAGACGUGAAUCUUGUCCAGUCAGCAUUUGAAGUCCUCCGGACCAUGCUGCCUGUGGGCUGUGUCCGCAUCAUCCCUUAUAGUAGCCAGUACGAGGAGGCCUAUCGCUGCAACUUCCUAGGGCUCAGCCCUCCUGUGCCAAUCCCUGCCCAUGUGCUGGCCUCAGAAUUUGUAGUCAUUGUAGAGGUCCACCCAGCCAUGCGCUCUAACCUCCUCCCAGUUGGGUGUGAGGAUGACCAGUCUCUCAGCAAGUACGAGUUUGUGGUGACCAGUGGGAGCCCUGUGGCUGCAGACCGAGUUGGGCCCACCAUCCUGAAUAAGAUUGAAGCAGCUCUGAUGAACCAGAACCUGUCUGUAGAUGUGGUAGAUCAGUGCCUCGUCUGCCUCAAGGAAGAGUGGAUGAACAAAGUGAAGGUCCUCUUUAAGUUCACCAAGGUUGACAGUCGCCCCAAGGAGGACACGCAGAAGCUCCUGAGUGUCCUCGGUGCAUCAGAAGAGGACAAUGUCAAGCUGCUGAAGUUCUGGAUGACGGGCCUGAGCAAAACCUACAAGUCACACCUCAUGUCCACAGUCCGCAGCCCCACGGCCUCAGAGUCUCGUAAUUGACUCUGAGAGCACCUUCUGGAACAUGGUGUGUGGUGCACAGUCAUUGCAGAUCUGUGAGAAGGACUGCUAUUGAGAUUCUGACUGCUGGGAUGAGCUGUGUCCUAGGAAUGAAGGCUGCGGGGCUGGGCUCUUCUUCCUUGUCGGGCUCUGUGGCAUCUCAAAGCUGUUGAAAGGUGGCAGAGACAGAGACAAGUGUUCCCUCUGUACCAUACUGCCCUGUCAAGGGACUGUCAGAACUUGCUUUUGCCUCUUGAAGACAAAGGCUUGGAACUGACAGGGUCAGGCCAGUCUUGACUGCAGCAGUGUGCCGUCUCAGGGCUAACAGCCAACCUUUCCACCAUGAAGGUCUGCAAGUGUCCUGGACCAGCUGUGUUUCUGUCUUCAUGAACUCCUAAGCCAUGCGCCCACCCAUGGUCUCUGCUCAUCUGUUUUUGAGUUAGGGCUCUGUAAAGGCUCUUGGGGGUGAAGUGGCAGUUUUCCUUGACUUUGAGUCCUCUGAAGUUCAUAUUCUGAGGUGGUAUUGCUUGUCCAGUGGUCAUUGUCUCCAGGGGCUGACCGUGAGGUUAACCCUCAGCUGUAUGGUGGCGCUUCUGGUCCCUAAGAAAGACCAGGCUUUGCUAGAGCAUCUCUUCUGUUAUGUUUCCACUUGCCAACUUGUGGAGGCAGUGAAACAAAACCCAUGACAUUUUUUGAGACAAGAUCUUAUUCUGUAGCUUAGGCUGGCUAUAGAAUACCUACACUUUAACCUUGUGGCCCAGGCUGGUCUCAGACUUGAAAUGAUCUUCCUGCCUCAGCUUCCCAAGUGCUGGGAUGACAGGCCUGAGCCCUGAUACCCAGCCCCCAACCAUGACUAUAUGUUGCCUUCUUCUCUAUUGCUGCUUUCAGCAUUAACCUGUGGCCACAGAGUGUGACAGUCUGAGACAGAUCCAUCACCCCACCAUACAGUUUUAAUAAAUAUUUUUGUUCCUUUAAUUUAUAUUUAACAUGAAGACCAAGCUUAUGUGUCUUGGUUCUGUUCAUGCAAGAACAUUGAAACAUAAUAAAUCGGUAUUUUUAUAAAUCGA